AUGCCAACGAUCAUACACUAUUCUCCGGAUUCGAAGGAUUCUGCCAUUAUUGAUAAGGAAGAGGUCUACCUGUGCGAUUCAGGAGCUCAAUUCUUCAAUGGUACGACCGACGUGACUCGAACAUGGCACUUUGGUACACCGAAGCCGGAGGAAAUUCGUGCAAGCACUCGAGUUCUCCAGGGUCAUAUUGCGAUCAAUACUGCUGUAUUCCCUAAUGGCACAACUGGCUACAUUAUUGAUUCAUGGGCACGUCGAGCGCUGUGGCAAGACGGACUCGAUUACAGACACGGUACCGGUCAUGGAGUAGGCCACUUCCUCAAUGUCCAUGAAGGACCUCAUGGUAUUGGCACCCGCAUCAGUUUAAACGCGAAUGCACUCAAGCCUGGCAUGACGGUGUCGAAUGAACCUGGUUACUAUGCCGACGGGAAGUUUGGCAUUCGGAUAGAGAACAUCGUAUUGGUCAAGGAGGUUCAGACGCUAAAUAAUUUUGGUAAUAAAGGAUACCUGGGUUUUGAGCAUGUCAUGAUGUGUCCGAUUCAUAAGAAAUUGGUGGAUAAAACAUUACUGACUGCAGAAGAAAUGAAAUGGCUUAAUGACUAUCAUGAAGUGUGGCAGAAGGUUUCGCCAUUGUUGGAAGAUGACAAGCGAGCUUUAGAUUGA